UGGAACGCGCUUGUGCGGAUUAUGUCCUACCUGAACUUCACGAAGGACUUCGGCAUCACCUACAUACGGGGGCCAGGACUAGACCUAAGCGUGUUUGUCGAUGCCAGCUACGCUGACAACGAAGUAGACAGGCGUUCUACGACCGGGCUAGCUGGCGUGAAGGAGGCGUUGUUUAUGCGUGGCGUUCUGUCGUUCAUAGCGCCCGAGACGAGUGGGGCGAAGAUCAAGGUCCUUGAGGACAACAAGGGGGCUCUCGCCUUCAUCGAGAACCCGUUCAGCUCAGCGAGGACAAGCACAUCGACGUGCGGUUCCAUUUCAUUCGCGAGCUAUUCAAGUCGGGCAAGAUCACUGCAGAGCAAGUUUCGACUGGAGAGCAGCAUGCCGACAUGCUGUCCAAGGACAUGUACGAACAAGCGCUUUCUCGAUCUAGUCUUGGAAACCAAGGAAACUCGUGGAGUACCCAAGCUCAGGCGAUACGACUAUAGGUUCAAAGCCAAUGCUGUCAACCAGCUGCGCAUCCUCGAGGACAACGCCGCGGACCUCUGGAAGGAGGAGGAGCGCGCGCUUCUUCAGUACUUUGAGGAUCGUCUCGAGGUUCACUACAGCAACAUCGUGAAGUGGGCCAAGGACGAGAAGGCCAUAGUCGCGGCGGCAGCAGACGACGUGAAGAAGAGGGUCCUCGCCAAGCAGCAGCCUAAGCGGUGGUUUCCUGAGGCAGAAAAAAGGCUUUACAAGAUGUUCGUGGAGCGGCGUAAGAGGAAGCUGAAGGUAUCGACCCUGUGUCUGACGAUCACGUUCCGCAAGCUCUUGCGAGAGAUGUAUCCCGGGGACCAACGGGCGGCGGCGUUCCGCGCAUCCUUCAGGUGGGCACGAAAAUGGGCCAAGAGGCACAACCUGUCCAAAAGACGUCGGACCAACCUCAAGAACAAGUCUGUUGAGGAGCGCCUACCAAAGAUCCAGUGCUUCCACCGACUGUUUCGCAAGCUCCUGCAACAGCCGGUACGGUACAGGGCGCCCGAUGAGUCAGACGUAUCGGCGAUUACGACGGUCGCAGAGAGGGAGUCCAGAGUACCCAAGUAUGGCCAAUUCCAACUCUGGGAGCGUUGGAAUGUGGAUCAAGUGUCUUUGGCAUUCGUAAACGGGCUGCUCGAUACGUGGGAGGAGCGAAGUGCGAAGCGUGUCGCCAUCUCGCAGUCCUUUCCUGGCCUAGAGAAAAGGCAGUGCACCAUGCAAGUCAUCGCUGGUCCGGGGGAGAAGACCUUGCGAAUUUCGGUGAUUUUCCGAGGCACGGGGAAGCGGAUCUCGCCGGUGGAGAAGGCCGCGUACCACAAGGUCGUGGACGUGUCCUACCGCGAACGCCUGAUGCGCGGGUGGGGUGAGCUUGCCAUGGCGAGGUCCAUUCUUGUCAUGGACAACUUGCUCGCGCAGACGACGGACGAGUUCAAGGAGUAUCUUGCGAAGGAGUGCAACACUCUCGCCUGGUAUGGCCCUUCGGAGUGCACGGACGAGGUGCAGCCAGUUGAUGCAGGAGCCGGACGAUUUAUCAAGGUGGAAGCUGGGAGACAGAUGGACAUGUGGCUCGAGCAGUCGGACAACCUCGAGAGGUGGGAAACCGCGGCGCUGACAGCUUCUGAUCGGUGGGUACUGAUCACUCAGUGGAUUGGGGCGGCCAUGGCAAAACUCAACAGGAAACAGGCAUUCCGAUCCGCCUUUUCGAAAAAGUACGGGAUGGCCAUGACUGUGGACGGCUCAGGCGAUGAUCGGAUCACCUUGAAGGGUUUGGACAAGCCGUACACCUUGGCAAACGAUGAAGACUGUAGCGAGGACGAAGAAGGUUUGGAUAACGGCAGCGAUGAGCCUGAGGAGCGGAGGAAGGAGGGCGAUGGACGUGAGACGGUCGUGGAGGGCGCUGAUUCAAGCGAUGAUGAAGACGACGGUGGCACGUCUCAAACCCAGACCAAUGAGCUAGUUCUUCUCGACGACGACGACAGCAUGGACCCACAAGACCCGGAGGACGAGACACAAGGAAUGGAGAUCCCGACAGGCUUUCGCAUUCAAGAAGAUAAACCCUUUGCUCUUGACAGAUUGCUUUUGCGACGUGGAGUGCUCGUUAGGGUGGGGAUGGCGUGGUUUGGAGGGUUGAUCAUUCAGCAAUCUCAGCAGGACACUCGCCACCUGUAUGCAUACGACUACUGUGUGCAGCUGGAGCUAGACCAGAGUACGCGCAAGAUGAAGCUGCCCUUAGACAAGUACACCGGAGAUCUGGAUGCGGCGGAGGGCUCCUGGGUUUUGCUUGAGAGCGUUAGUAGAUCGGGGAGGGUACGCAGGACCAACGUCACCCUUCCUUGUGGACCAAGAUGGUUGACAGUUGCUGCUGCAUGCCUUGGUGUGUUCUUGUACCAAGCAUGA